CCGACAAUUUCCGCGUAUUUCCGCCAACGCACUGUUGAACCACCUCCAUCUUCUAUCCCUGCCUUGUGAGUGCUAUUGUUUGUAAAACAAGCGCGCCGAAGACUUGAGACGAAACUGAAAUGGACGGUGAUGUUGCAGUUGGUGUCAAGAGGGGCUCGGACGAGCUGCUGUCAAGCAGCCUCUACAACAGUCCCAACUCUGGUAUGAGCAGUAUCAGUGACGGGACGUCCAAUGGGAGCGACAGCAAGAAGCCGCGCGUGGAGGAGGCCCCGCCCUCGCGCGUCCUCCACAUCCGCAAGCUGCCCAACGAGGCGUCGGAGACGGAGGUCAUCGCCCUGGGGCUGCCCUUCGGGAAGGUCACCAACAUCCUCACGCUGAAGGGCAAGAACCAGGCCUUCCUGGAGAUGGAGACGGAGGAAGCGGCCAUGACCAUGGUCAACUACUACCUGACCGUGACCCCCAACGUCCGCAACGUGCCCGUGUUCAUCCAGUACUCCAAGCACACGGAGCUGAAGACAGACGCGGGGAACCAGAGGACCCAGGCAGUGCUGCAGGCAGUGUCGGCCGUCCAAUCGGGCGGCACCCCCACCUCGGGCUCCGCCCUGAGCGAGAGUGCCCUGACGGCAGCCUCCAGCCCCGUCCUCAGGAUCAUCAUCGACAACAUGUUCUACCCCGUCACCCUGGACGUGCUGCAGCAGAUCUUCUCCAAGUUUGGCACGGUGAUGAAGAUCAUCACGUUCACCAAGAACAACCAGUUCCAGGCCCUGCUGCAGUUCAGCGAGCCUGUCAACGCACAGCAGGCCAAGCUGGCUCUGGACGGCCAGAACAUCUACAACUCCUGCUGCACCCUGCGCAUCGACUUCUCCAAGCUGGUCAACCUGAACGUCAAGUACAACAACGACAAGUCCCGCGACUACACCAGACCAGACCUGCCUGCCGGGGACGGCCAGCCCGCCAUGGACCCCUCAGCCUUCACCAAGGACUCCAACUCCCUGCUCGGUAAGAUCCCAGGUGCCCUCAGCCCCCUGAACGCCGCAGCUGCGGCCGCCGCGGCCGCCGGCAGAGUGGCCCUGUCUGGACACUCGGGCUCCAGCGGAGUCUUGUUGGCCAGCAACCUGAACGAGGAGAUGAUCACGCCCCAAAGUCUCUUUACUCUCUUCGGCGUGUACGGGGACUGCCAGCGGGUCAAGAUCCUGUACAACAAGAAGGACAGCGCGCUCAUCCAGAUGGCCGACGCCAACCAGGCCCAGCUAGCCAUGAGCCACCUGAACGGUCAGAAGAUGUACGGUAAGGUGAUCCGGGUGGCCCUGUCCAAGCACCAGACGGUGGCCCUGCCCCGCGACGGACUGGACGACCAGGGCCUCACCAAGGACUUCACCAACUCCCCCCUGCACCGCUUCAAGAAGCCCGGCUCCAAGAACUUCCAGAACAUCUUCCCCCCCUCCAUCACGCUCCACCUCUCCAACAUCCCUCAAGACGUGACGGAAGAGGACCUCCGGCUGCUCUUUUCCAACGCCGGCGGCACUGUGACAGCCUUCAAGUUUUUCCAGGACCACAAGAUGGCCCUCCUGCAGAUGUCCGCCGUGGAGGAAGCCAUCCAGGCCCUGAUCGACCUCCACAACUACAACAUGGGAGGCAACCAGCACCUGAGGGUCUCCUUCUCCAAGUCCACCAUCUGAGUCCACACACACACACGUCUAAGAUAACCAGACCUGUCGACUGUUUCUGGAGCCUGAACACUUGGGACCACAGACGGAAUGGACCUUUCCCCCCCCCCCCCUCCCCUUUUUGAUAUUCUUCUUUUCGGCUAGCGUUUUGUAUGUUUUACCUGUCAUUCCUUCUCGAGAGAGCCAGAAACCUCGACUCUAAACAGAGUUGUGAUUUGAAAGCUGUAGUUGUAUUCUCCCCCCCCUCCCCCCUCCCCAGUAAUACUGUAAGCCCCCCCGUCCCCCUGGUAUAGUCCCGACCCCUUGUGCCCUCGCGCCUACGUUUCCAGCGAACGAGUGAACAGACUCUAGCGCCUGCCUCUUUUUAGCGUUCUGAUUAGUUGACAAGAUACGUGCCUUACCUGAUAUAUCACCACUUUUUUUACAUCUGAAUAUUUAGCGACAUUCAUUUUCCACACUCUGCUGUACGAGGCACAUGGGUUUGAUUUGUGACGGGUGAGAUCUGAUUUAUUAAAGGCAUGUAGUCUCUCCUCCCUUGCAUGGCUGGCUUGUCAAGUUCCUACCAGGAAGACCUUUUAGUGGGUUGUCUUCAAAUUGUGUAAAACAUUAUUUUUUUGUGUGUGUGUUGUUGCUAAAUUCCUUUUGGUUGUUGUGCUUUGAAGAUUGAUAAUGGAUUCGUUGAACCUCGUUUUGACUAUUUGCUCCUAUUUUAGUACCGCGUCGUCCCCAGUCCCCCCCGCCCCCACCUCCCCUUCCUCCUCAGCAGAAAUGGUAGUCUGUGGCUUGCGUCUGAAUAUUAUUUAUAGGUGUUUUUUACCCGUCACGCUUUUCUAUCGCAGUGAAUCGUGAUUGUUGAAGUGGAAGUGUUUUUUUCUAAGCACGUUUAGUCCUUGGGGUUUGAAGAUCAAAACAGCAUUGCGCGCGUUCUCCGACGCGAACAGGAAGUGAGUCGACCCGAAGUCAUCGCGUGACCAUUUACUGACUGUGAUAAGGGACUGCCAUACCUAGGUCAGACACAUCCAAUACUAGAGAUUACUCAGGGUGCCCUUGAUUUGAAACGGUUCCUUCAGUCACACGCCUGGCUAGGCUAAAUCAAGGGCCCCCAAGUAUUUUGAAAGUAUUUUCAAAUUGUAUUUGACCAAGGCCUGAAGAUGACCUGGUGGGACCAAAGUCUAUGUGCCUUUAGUGUUCCUUUUACAUUAUGAAAUCGAAAGGAUGUUAAACUUCCGCUGUUGACUAAAUUACUGUAAACUAUUGUAUCCAAUGCAACAAGAUUGUACAAUUAGGAUGCACUCCAGGGAUUGUUUGAAGGCGAUACGUGAUCUUCCUUCCCGUUUCAUGAAGAACAUCCCUUUCCCCUGAAACCACAAACUCAGACCUCCGCAAAAAAACAAACACAUCAAUAGAAACCAUUUGAUUCUGUGUCUGUUUGAAAAUGAAAGGAAAUGUAUAUUUUCAGUAUUAGUUGCAAUUUUUACAUCUUGAGAAUUGUACGACUCAGUAGACUUUGGAAGCGGCACAAUUAAAGGCUAAUUUUGUAACAAAUUCGGGGAGAUCUGACCUGUUCUUUUACUUUGGGUUUUUCUACAGUUUUUUUUUCCUCUUCUGCUUUUCUUUUCUCUCUUUUUCCUGUGUGUACUCUGCUUUACCUUGGUGUACAUCUGUAGCAUGCUAAAUAAACGCUUCUGUAGCUCUACCUUCA